AUAUGCUCGAGGAAGAUCAAGAAGGACGCCGUGACAUGGUGGUGAUGGCUCGGUGACUGGCGCGUGGGAUCUUGAAGUGCACCGGCUGUUCUCUUCUUCCUCGAAAGGAAAACGCGAUGUCGCCGUCCAGGUCUUCUAACGUCCGGCACGCUCGCCGACAAGAUGUAUCUACAAUCCUCGAAUUGAUCCGGGAGCUGGCCGACUAUGAGCACGAACUCGAUGCCGUCGAGGCGACAGAGUCUACGCUCCUUUCCACCAUAGCUUUCGCCCCCGACAACGUCGAAUCCACGCCCACGGCCCCAGAUACGGAGCCCACAUCUCCUUCGAAGCCUGCGAGGUGCCUGCUCCUCUUUAACGAAGAAGGUAGACCGGCUGGCAUGGCCUUGUACUUUUAUAACUACAGCACGUGGAGAGCGAAAGCCGGUAUCUACCUCGAGGACCUCUUCGUCCGACAGACCGACAGGGGGAAAGGAUACGGGAAGAGGCUGCUCGUGGAGCUGGCGAGGGAGGUCGUGGCGACGGACGGCGGUAGGCUGGAGUGGAGCGUGCUGAAAUGGAACGAGCCGAGCAUCAAGUUUUACGAAUCGAUCGGGGCCAAGGCCAUGAACGAGUGGGUGGGCAUGCGGGUCGAUCGCGAGGGGUUAACCAAGCUCGCUGGCUUACUCGGCCCAUCCGUUUCUGUCCCGUAGGCUUUCUAUGCGACACGUGAGACUGCGAGGAGUAGGAUCCUGUAGGUA